GUGACGAUCUUUUCCGGGUCGAGAAGUUAGCACACCCAUGAUUGUGAGCUAGCGGGCCCGAGUUGUCCAUUUAAAAAAAUCCCCCGAAGGAAAUAUAAUCGGACAUUUAAACACUUCCAGUGCAGAACAUUCAAGUGUAUCGUUCUGUAACCACAUGACACAGCGAUGCCGGGGCUCAGCUGUAGAUUUUACCAGCACCGGUUCCCAGAGGUGGAGGAUGUUGUGAUGGUGAACGUGCGGUCCAUCGCCGAGAUGGGCGCCUACGUCAGCCUCUUGGAGUACAACAACAUCGAGGGCAUGAUCCUUCUGAGUGAGCUGUCACGUCGACGUAUCCGCUCCAUCAACAAGCUCAUCCGCAUAGGACGCAACGAGUGUGUGGUCGUCAUCCGAGUAGACAAAGAGAAGGGAUACAUUGAUUUAUCAAAAAGAAGAGUUUCACCAGAGGAGGCCAUCAAGUGUGAAGAUAAAUUCACCAAAUCUAAAACUGUGUACAGCAUCCUCCGACACGUUGCAGAGGUGCUGGAAUACAGUAAGGACGAGCAGCUAGAGAGCUUGUACCAGCGCACCGCCUGGGUGUUCGAUGAGAAAUACAAGCGGCCAGGAUACGGAGCCUACGAUGUCUUCAAACAGGCUGUAUCAGAUCCUUCCAUUCUGGACGGACUGGACUUAACAGAAGAAGAGAGGAACGUGCUAAUCGAUAACAUCAACAGGCGACUCACUCCACAGGCUGUCAAAAUCAGAGCGGACAUCGAGGUGGCGUGCUACGGGUAUGAGGGCAUCGAUGCCGUGAAGGAAGCUCUGAGGGCCGGACUUGGCUGCUCCACGGAGGCCAUGCCCAUCAAGAUCAACCUGAUCGCUCCUCCUCGCUACGUCAUGACAACGACCACUCUGGAGCGCACAGAGGGCCUGUCUGUCCUCAACCAGGCCAUGGCUGCUAUCAAGGAGAAGAUCGAGGAGAAGAGAGGCGUCUUCAACAUCCAGAUGGAGCCUAAGGUGGUGACAGACACGGAUGAGACAGAGCUCGCCCGGCAGCUGGAGAGGCUAGAGCGAGAGAACGCCGAGGUGGACGGAGACGACGACGCAGAGGAGAUGGAGGCCAAAGCCGAGGAUUAGAGUCGUUCCUCACAGCAAGGCUGUUGGGGGAAAGAAUAACAUCAAGGCAGAUAUGUGGACAGACCUGGCUGCAGUCACUCAGUCCAACAGAUGUUAACUUUCACAUUGCAAACAUUAACUGGCGUUAAUAGUUUAUUGGCAAACGUCCCGGUUUGUUCUUUAGCAAGUUUGCUUCAGAAGAUGCUCACAAAAAGCUGUCUUCUUAUGCAGACAUUGAAGGAAAGUUAAAUUACAAUUCAAACAUCAGUAUAGUUUCUAUUUUUAAGUACACCGAUUUGAAUAAAUAACUCUAAAACAACAACAAGCAGUGGCCUUCACUUACCUCUUGCUUAAGAGCCUAGUGUUUUUAGUUUCCGUGGCGUUUCAUCUCUGGCAGGUCACUGGAUGAGAUUGAUUUAAAGGGGAAAUAAACACAUAGGCUCAUCUGUCUCAACACCGGUCAGUGGUGACUUUAUGUGCUGUUUCUCUUCCAGUUAAAGGAUUUUUACUGGCAAGACCUGCUCUUGUUUAGCUCACAUGGCAUCAAUAAAGUUCUGGAAGUUUUGAUCUCAA